AAUCUGAUCCCCGGCCGUCCAUCGCCACCACGCAGCCGUCGCCGAAUCCAAAUCCGCCGGGGCGAGAGAUCGGAGAGGAGGGAGAAGAAGAUGGUGCGGGUGGCGACCUACUUCGCGAUGACCUUCGGCGCCUUCCUCUUCUGGGAGUCCAUGGACAAGGUCCACGUCUGGAUCGCCCUCCACCAGGACGAGAAGCAAGAAAGGAUGGAACGAGAGCUGGAGAUACAGAAAAUGAAAGCAGAGCUAAUAGCCCAAGCAAAAGAGAGUGAAUCAUGAUCAUCUUUUGGCCAAUGGCUGCGACUAGUUGCUUUGUCGUAUUCUUAUUUUCCGAGUGAUAAUGCUUGGUUGUUGUAUGCUUGACACCUCCAAUAAACUAAGAUGUUAUAACUUUCUUGAGUACAAGAGGCUAUGUUCAUGUUGAAUCAUGUCCAGUUUAUAAGACAGCACAACUCAGCUCCA